AUGGUUGCUAAAAAGUUGAUUGCCUUUGUUGCCUUUGUGAUGCUGAUUACCUUACUGGAGCAGAUCAAAUCAGGAGUCCAUGCAGGGCGCAUGACAAAACCUAAAAAGGCAGGCCGAGUUAAAGUGAUCCAUACAGGUCCUCGCGUUAGGAAGCUCAAAAAAAAGGUUGAAGAAUUGGAGAAGCAACUCGCCUCUAUGGAACAGUGUGAACGUAAGAAACAUUUUACUUCAUUGUAUUAUCCUCUUUAACCAAGUAAACUGAAAACAAAUUAAACUAAACUGACUUUAUACCCUUUCUUUGCGCACAUACACUGGAAUCAAAGGCGAUAUUAGGUAACAAGGAAUCAAUCGGGCCACUGUAAAUAGACCUCUUUAGCUUGUAUGUUUUGUUUUCCCAGUAGAGGUCCCUGGGGAAUCUGACCUUUUGUCUGUUUAUAAAUUAUGCGUACAUAUGCAGGUGAAUAAGACGAAGUUAGAGAGAAAUAGUUCUCUAUAGUAUUAUCACAUGACCUGUUUUGGGAAAAAAAAACAUUUAAGCUAAAGAGGUCUAUUGUGAGGUCUAGCUAGAAUUUAACAAACUAUUCCAUUAUAAUAUCCUUAAACUUUCCUAUAAGUAAUGGUAACAGGACUGAGUGGAGUCCAAUUCGGUCUGUAAUCAUACGAGUGAUUAACAAAAUCGGAUGUCCGCGUAGCGGGAGUCCGAUUUUGUUUAAUCACGAGUAUGAUUACAGACUGAAUUGGACGACACGAAGUUCUGUUACCAAUUAAUCAUAACUGUAACAAAAUUUGAGAUUUAUAAGGCCCUUUUUUGAAAUCAAAACAGAGGAAAUUCCAAUUUUUUUUUGCUAGUAGUGAAAAAAAGCCAUUUAAGCGCGCGUGUGAUGGCGUGCACUGUCCAAUUACUUAGGCAUGACGUGUACUGUCCUAUUAAAUUGUCCAAUUAAGGCUGAAAUCAGGGCAGUUGAUAACCAAUCAGAUUUUAGAAUUUGGUUAUAGUUAUGAUUAUAGUAAUAAUGGUAUUAAUUGAAAAAGAGAUUUAUUUAAAUAAUUAAAGCAGCCUGAGAAGGUCUCUUAUAUCAGCAAAUGCAAUAAAUAAAUAUAUGCAUGAAGCGGAUCAUCGUUAUUCUAAAUUUUCUUCAAUGUUUGAAAUUUGGAGAAGGUUUAUUGCAUCCCCACACAAAUCUUAAUUGAGAAAUUAUUAUGCACCGUUAUUAAAUAUCAAUCUAGUAGAACGUAUAAAACUUUGCGUUAAUGCAAUGUUGGGUUGGAUUAUAAUUUGGCUGCAUGAUUCUUCUUUUUUGGGUUUAAAAAAUGACUGAUAAAUAAAUACUCCAGCCUCCACCGCAUUUGUUUUAUAUAUUGUGGGGAUUUAUUGAAUAUGAUUGGAAAACUAGACAAGGAUAGUAAACUCAAUUUUUAAUGGACCUUUGUUUUAAUUUCCCUCAAAAAAGGAGUCUUUUUUUCUUUUUUUUUCUUUUUUUUUUUUAUUAAAAGCAUAAAAUUGUGCGUGAGUAAAACAGAGUCGACCUAGGACUCCGCGGGCAACAACGCCACUUUCAGUUUUCAAAAAUGUUAAACUUUAUUAAACAAAGCAAAACAAAACAAAGCUUUCAGAGCUUUGCUCAGGUGCUGUAGAAUUUCCCUCGCUUGCUAUUGUGAAACCCCAGCCUCAGAUCUGCAAACAUUAAUCUCACUCUUACAUUGGGUACCUAUAAUUUCCUUAAUUUGCAGUAUGGUAUGUUCCUAUUUUAUAGCUUGUGAGUCAGCUAAAACAGAGGGUUUCCUGUUUGAAAGUCAUACAGUAACUGACUACCUUGAAGUUGAAGUUGAAGGCCUGAAUAAGCCAUUAGAUGCAUUAACUUCAUGUACCUGGGUCAAAUUUAGAGAUUCUUCUUUUUCUUCUGAGUUUGUUCUCUGCACUCUUGGCUGGUAGUUUUGCUUGGGCCGACAAUCUAACAAGCUUUUGAUGAAAACGAAAGGUGGAUUUAGGUAACUGAUGAAAACCCUUUGUUGUGGUCUUAACUCUGAAUAAUGCUAGUAUUUGAAGUUCAAGUCAUUUAUAUGUAUUUUUGUGUGUGUACAUGUGAUUUGUUACACUUUGUCAUAGUCGUCUAUAACACGUUCUCGUCGACAACUUGUUCAAAUCUUGGACAGACUGUGGUCAUGCAUACACAAGAGUACUGCACAGGCUGCAUUUCACGUUUAACUANUUCAGAGCUUUGCUCAGGUGCUGUAGAAUUUCCCUCGCUUGCUAUUGUGAAACCCCAGCCUCAGAUCUGCAAACAUUAAUCUCACUCUUACAUUGGGUACCUAUAAUUUCCUUAAUUUGCAGUAUGGUAUGUUCCUAUUUUAUAGCUUGUGAGUCAGCUAAAACAGAGGGUUUCCUGUUUGAAAGUCAUACAGUAACUGACUACCUUGAAGUUGAAGUUGAAGGCCUGAAUAAGCCAUUAGAUGCAUUAACUUCAUGUACCUGGGUCAAAUUUAGAGAUUCUUCUUUUUCUUCUGAGUUUGUUCUCUGCACUCUUGGCUGGUAG